GUGACUCUUCUCCUCCCUCUAGCCUCUCCACUUCCCACUCCACCCUCCCAAUUACUCUUCCACCAUGAAGGCUUUCACUUACGCUGCCAUCGCCGUUGCCGGUGCUUCUUCCGUCGCCGCCUUUGCCCUUGAGCCAGUGGCUACUGCUGCUCCCAUGGAGAAGCGACAGAACGAUAGCCCCCUUGAGGCCAUUACUGGUCUCCUGAACCCCCUCACCUCCUACCUGACCAACCCAGGAAUCGCAUCCGUCGUUCAGUCCGUUGCUGCCAACACCGCCUUUGCCGGAGCCGCUUCUGCCGCUGCUAUGAGCGACUAUGCCCCCAUUGAGAGCCUCGUCUCUUCCCUGCAGGGCGACGCUGGCGUCUCCUCGGCCAUCUACUCUGCCCUAGGAACCUCUUCCGCUUCUGCCUUCUACGCUUCCGCCUCUAGCGCCGUUGCCGAAUUGGCCGCUGCCUCGGGAAGUGUUACCACCACCAGCACCGGUAGCUCGGUAAGCAGCAUGGCUAGCUCCGCCGCCUCUAGCGUCUCUUCGGAGCUCUCUUCGCUCAGCGCUUCGGCAUCCAUGGCAACCUCGUCUGCCGGUACCGCCGCUAGCACCUCGGCCGCUGCCAGUGGAGCUUUCGCUGCCGUAAAGGCCGGAAAUGUACUCCCCGCCGUUCUGGUCGUGGUCGGUGUUGCCGCCGGUGCCUUCAUGCUCUAAUGAGCUCGAAGAACGCGGCCCACCCCCGCGGGCUGGCACUGAUAAGACCAGGAGGAAAGACGAGGGUCAUGGCAAAGCGCGUAGAUGGAGCACGAGGCAAGACAAGAACGGCCUUGGCCGGAGAGUAUGCAUCGGUAUCCGCUCUUCGUCCUCGCCGUCACCUCUUACCCCUAGUUGCGCCCGCGCAUAGUCAUGUCUCCUUGUCCGUACUCCUGUCGUGCCUCCUCUCCCCCCUCCACCCCACCCUUUUCCACCC